AGGCUUUUGUAAAUACUUCUCAGAACAAUAGUUGUUUAUUCACAAACCGUAUCACAUUCUGUGACAGUAUCACGAUUUAACGAAAUUUUUUUAAGAAUUAAAGUCAUAUGUAAAAAUUUGUACUGAAAGUAGUCAUUAAAAGUGUUUUAAAUAUUAUAAGUGGUUUUAUUUUUGGAGAAAUGCCUGCGAACAGAAACAUACCGAAAAACACAUACAUAUUUCCUACUGCGCUGUUUAUGUUUUUAAUUUGAAAUCCUUGUUGAAUUAUAAAAAUAUAAAAGUUUUAACUAUAAUUUUUGGUUCUUUAUGGACAAGACACAUUCAGUUAAUAGCCGCUUAUUUAGCAAUUUACUAUAAAUAUGGGAUAGAAACUGCUACAGUACGACAUUAAUGCUACAGCAGUUAAUGAAUAAAUACAUCUGAAUAUACUAUGAACAUACUUGAAAACAAAUUAUUAUCUAGAAAAGUUAAAAAUGUUUUUUUCAUUUAAGCGCACAUUUCAAAUGUAUUCACUUAUACUGAUAGUGGUAAAACCCUAUUCUUCACUACCGCCAGUCAUCCGUUUGGUUUGCGCCCUAAUCGAGUCAGGCAUACACGCGAUUUUUGGACCAUUCAACGCUAUAUUGGGAGUUCAUAUUCAUUCAAUAUGCGAUGCCCUUGAUAUACCACACAUAGAAUCACGAUUAUCACAUAAGGUGACCAAUACAGAGUUUUCCAUUAAUUUAUAUCCAGCGAAAGAGUACGUUAACUUAGCAUUCGAAGAUAUCAUUCGUUACCUGAAUUGGACCAAGGCUGGGAUACUUUAUGAGACAGAUUUUGGUUGGCAACACCGAGCAAACUUUGACCGAAAAUAGUUGAAAAUUGUAAUACCAAACAGAGUUGGGUGGAUCCGAAAGUGAAUUGAUACAACUUCAGUUCAACCUAGUGGAGUUAAAAACCAUAAUAGAAGUAUUAAUUAUAAAUAACACAAAAUUUGGAAUUUGGAGUCCUGCAGUUACGCAAAUUUGGUCAUAUGUAUGACAUAGAAACACAUCUGCGUUUGGUGAAUCCCACAACUUACACUAAAAUAUUAAGUGAACUGAAAGACAAAGAAAUUCACAAUCUGAUAAUCGAUACGAACGCUGCAAAUAUUUCAAUCCUACUGAAAGGGAUUCUGCAACUGCAAAUGAAUGAAUACAAGUAUCAUUAUUUAUUUACUAGUUUCGACAUUGAAACAUUCGACUUGGAGGAUUUUAAAAAUAAUUUCGCGAAUAUUACCUCGUUCCGCCUGGUAGAUGUUGGCGAUUUAAGUGUUAGAAAUAUUCUCAAAAAUAUGGAGGCUUAUAACUACAAUUAUAAUAAUAAGACAACUUACUACAGGAAGCUGCGUACUAUUGAAACGGAACCCGCUGUAGCGUAUGAUUCGGUUUAUAUAUUCGCAAUAGGAUUAACUAGUUUACAACAGUCGCUGACUCUUAGCGUUUCGAAUGCGUCAUGUGCCAGUGAAAUCCCGUGGGAUGGCGGUUUGAGUUUGAUAAACUAUAUAAAUUCAGUUGAGUGGAGGGGGCUGACAGGACCUAUACAAUUUAAAGAAGGACGGCGUGUUAAAUUUAAAUUAGAUCUUGUAAAACUGAGGCAGCACUCCUUAGUUAAGGUGGGAGAGUGGACUCCACAAACACGUCUUAAUAUAACUGAGCCUGCGCUGUUUUUUGAUGGCGGAACAAUUAAUGUUACGCUGGUCGUGAUUACAAUAUUGUAUGCGUGUUCUUUGCAGGAAACCCCUUACGUGAUGAUGCACUACGGCAAAAAUUACACUGGAAAUGAGAGGUUCUAUGGAUUUUGCGUAGAUAUACUGGAAUUGAUAGCUCGUGACGUCGGCUUUGAUUACAUUAUUGACCUAGUGCCUGAUCGAAAGUAUGGCGCACAAGAUCCAUUUACAGGCGAAUGGAACGGAAUGGUGGCUCAACUUAUGAAAUAUAAAGCCGAUUUGGCCGUUGGAUCAAUGACAAUUACAUAUGCACGGGAAAGUGUUAUCGAUUUUACUAAGCCAUUUAUGAACUUGGGCAUAAGUAUUUUGUUUAAGGUGCCAUCAAGUCCGGCUUCUCGUUUAUUUUCUUUUAUGAAUCCGCUGGCGUAUGAUGUAUGGCUCUAUGUUUUAGCGGCAUAUUUUCUAGUAUCCUUCACAAUCUAUGUAGUGGCAAAGUUGUCGCCAAUAGAAUGGCGCGAUAAGCAUCCAUGCGACAUUAAGAAUCCUAUUGUUACCAACCAGUUUACAUUAGCUAACAGUUUUUGGUUUACAAUCGGUACAUUGAUGCAGCAAGGAUCAGAUAUAAAUCCAAAAUCGCUAUCGACGAGAAUAGUUAGCGCUAUAUGGUGGUUCUUCACAUUGAUUAUAAUUGCCUCAUAUACCGCUAAUCUAGCGGCAUUUUUGACGGUUGAGCGAAUGAUUACGCCCAUUGAAAAUGCUGAGGACUUAGCCAGUCAAACAGAGAUAUCAUAUGGUACUCUAGAGAGUGGUUCUACGAUGACAUUUUUUCGCGACUCUAUUAUCGAGACAUACAAAAAAAUGUGGCGUAAUAUGGAAAAUAAAAAGUCCAUUGCUUUCACUUCCACUUAUGAAGAGGGUAUAAAACGUGUUAAUCAAGGUAACUUUGCAUUUCUAAUGGAAUCUACAAUGCUUGAUUAUAUAGUACAGCGAGAUUGUAAUUUAACUCAAAUCGGAGGCCUACUGGAUACUAAAGGUUAUGGAAUUGCUACACCAAAAGGUUCACCCUGGCGGGACAAAAUUUCAUUAUCCAUUCUUGAAUUUCAAGAAAAGGGAAAUAUACAAAUGCUAUACGAUAGAUGGUGGAAAAAAGCAGGAGACACUUGCUUACGUAAAAGUAACAGCAAGCAAACGAAGGCAAAUGCUCUCGGCCUGGAUAACAUUGAGUUUUCUAUUGAAGGUGGCGUAUUCGUGGUCCUUUUUGUGGGCAUAGGUUUGGCCGCUUGGGUUGCUGUAUUCGAAUUCUGGUAUCACUAUCGCUCCAGAAGACGCGCCAGUGUAUAUUAUGAAAAUGAGCACUGCACUGUAGAGAGGGUUAUGACUGAAAUGACACUUAACGACUUUGAUUCUGUAUAUAACUCGAAAAAAGAAAAUGUAGAAGAAAUACAGGUUAAAGACCAGAAGCUGACUUGCAAACAUAUCACAGCAUAUUGUUGUAAAGAACCAACAGCUCAACGUUCACUUUGCGGCGAAAUGCUGGACGAAUUUCGUUAUGCAUUGCGAUGUAUGGACUCACACCGACGUCCAGCUCUUAAGCGGAGUUGCCCAACAUGUCAUAUAUUAAAUGAUGUUAAAGAGUUUAUUGACACAGAAAGUAGAUCAUCAAUGGCCGUACACGGCAGCCUUAUUGAGGGUACACCUAAAUAUUUAUAAGUACACCAUACCUCAGGCAUCCCUGAGCUUAAUUGCUUUAUUUCCUAGCAAUAAAAUCAUUGACUAAAAUUGCGUUAGUAUUUGUAUUCUAAUGCGCAAAUCGAUCUAAGUCAGCUUAAUAUAAGAAUACCAAUAGUUUCAUUAAUAGAUGUAGGAUAAAAAAAUGCGACCGUGUGUAUUGGACGAUUUUGAUUAACGCUAAUACUGGUUGAACGAAACGGACGCGGACAGAAACUGACGAAAAUAGAUAUUAGAAACAUCGAUGAAUGAUCAACAGCAAAAUACAGUUGUAAUAAAGUUAUUAAUAUUAAAUUGUAUAUCAAACAAGAAAUAAAUAACGAAUAAAGCUAUAUACAUUGAAAAUUCUCAAGCGUUUUUGAGGCACGAAAAAUAAAAUAGUUAGGGAUGCGCAAUUUUAAAUCACUCCAAUUACUCGUACCUGUUGCGAAAGACGUAUAAAUUGUUCAGGUAACGAAAAAGUGUGCAAUCGGUUCAACGGUUCACAAAAGGAGGGAAUUCUUUAUUUCUUAAUCUAAUUGCUAAGCCUAAAUCUUAAAACUAACGGCUUAAACUAGUGGUAAUAUAAAUAUGUAUGAAAAAGGGGUAAGUAUAAUCAUUUUUAACUUCCGUUAAAUAUUGCAACAGAUUAUGGUAAGUAUUAAGGUAAGUAGUAGAUUGGUAUUAUGAAGGCAUUAUUAAGGUAAGUAUUUUAAAAUAGAUUUUCUUAAUUUAAUAUUUAACAAUUCAAUAUUUUACAAUUCAUUUCAUUAUUUUUGUUUUAGAUAUAGAUAUGUCGCUUGACGCAACACCGGCCACCUUGACAGGAUCAGGUUCCUUCAACCUCCAUUGGAAGCAAGGCCAGCUUGUGGCUGGGAAGCUUCAUUGUACCCGCCUUAGUCGCCACGUCUGCGACUCGCACCUUGCCGUCGUGCCCUUCGACGGUUGCGACGACGCGUCCGAGUACCCACUACUGUGGCGGCACGUUGUCCUCGUGGAUGAGGACGAGGUCGUUGAGCUGCAGAUUGCGAGUGGGGAGCACCCCAUCAGUAAAUGCGCUGGGGUUAGUAUCUUGCCGUCGUUGGGGUCCUGGCUCAACGGGGUUAGGGGCCGAGAAUUGAGGAUGGCCUCCAUUUCUGUCAGCAAUGUUGACAGUUCCUCUGCGGUCAGUAGCGCGUUGCCGAUUUCGUGAACGAGGUGAUGCUUGGCGGACUUCACAGCGGCUUCCCAUAACCCGGCGAGGAGCGGCGCCCUCGGUGGUAUAAAUGUGAAGCUGAAUCCUUAUUCUGCGGCGAAUGCCUUUACUUCUGCUGACUGGGCAGAAAAUGACUCUUUCAGCUAGUGCAGUUUGCGGACGGCGCCGACAAAGUUGGUGAUAUCUUCGUCGGCAUCCCUCGGCGUCCAAUGAACCUUUUAAGGGCGAAAAUAAAUGAAUUAGAAGAUAGGUCCGAAACUAAUUCUAAAUGUACUGCUUUUGAAGUGAAGCAAACGAAAACUGCAAUAUAUGUAGGUUUUUACGGGUGGUCGACCGCGUAUUUUCAAGGUUGUGUAUAUCGGACCACAAAAAUCUACGCCACAUAUAAGAAAGGGACAUAGUGCUCGAAGUCUUUCGACUGGAAAAUUUCCCAUUAUUUGGUUUUGCAACUUCGGCUUGUAAUGAAAACAAUGUAUACAGUUUCUUACGGUUCUACUGCAAGCUUCUCUGGCAUUAAUUAACCAUAUGCGUUCUCGAAGAAGCGCAACCAACGCUUUAGCCCCAGCGUGGCGAUUUCGAAUAUACAGGAACCGUAAAUACGUUAUAACGAAGUGCGAACUUUAUUUAAUAAAAGCGGAAAUUUGGCAUCGUAUGGGAAAGGUGCAAUUAAGGUGACCUCCUAUUCGGAUUAAUUUGUAUGACAGUGACAUAUCCGAGUACUCAUGCAAGAACGGGUUGAGUUUUUUCAAGUUUGCGUGUAGGGUGGUACCUUUAUGCAAUUUUUUAAUAACAUCCGAAAACGUUGAAUGUUGGACCAUUUGUGCAAUUUUUAGAAAACUCAAGUUUAGCUCUUCUGAAGUCAGAUCUUGUCCCAUGGAGGAUUUUGGUGGUUGCCUAAUCCAUCGUAAUAUGUAUGCGACCACACGAAGCAAUUUUUUAUGAGAAGAAAAUUUUUCAAUAAGGUUCAAUAUUGAAUUUUUCUCAGCAGUCGAAAUUAAUGUAAAUGUAUGUAUGUGUAUGUUUUUCUUCUUCUCUAAUGCUUCGUCUUCUGGUGAGAGCUGGAAGUGGUUAUUGAUUGGCCAAAAUGCAAUGUCUUCUAGGAGGAACUGUGGACCGCCAAACCACAUCGCAUUAUUCAAUUCGUCCACGUUAUAACCCCGAGACACUUGAUCCGCAGGAUUUUGUUUCGUUGGCACAUGUCGCCAAUGCACUUUGUCAGUCAACUCUUGGAUUUCGGACACUCUGUUUGCGACGAAGGUUUGUAGUGAGGAUGGUUGUGCUUUAAUCCAAUGUAAAAUGAUUUCAGAGUCUGUCCAAAAUGUAAUAUUUUCGAACUCUAGACUAGCAGAUUGGCUUCGUAUGUAUAUGCAUCAUCCGUACGCACUUAUUGAGGCGACGGAGAAGCCAUGUAUUUGGCAGAUAGUACUCGACUCAACGUUUACGUAACGAGGAAUGCUUAUCGAUGAGAGCUGUAUUAGGUUGGCUUUAAAGUUCUGUCAGCUUGUGUCAAGGCGUAAUGGAAUCGACUCAUCCCAAUCUAGUUUUUGAAUCCAAAGCUCUUUUAAUAAGAUUUUUGCUUAGGUAACUAGUGGGGCUAGUAAUCCAAGAGGAUCAAACAGGCGCGCUGACAAUAUGUUUCGUUUAGUGGCUCGCAGAUCAUUGAAAUUGUGAUCUAAAACAAAUCGAAACAAAUCCUCUUUUUGCAACCAAUGGAUUCCUAACAUUUUAGUGGAACUUUUGUCAUUGAAGCUUAAUGACUUUUCAGUGCAAUCACUGUCGAAAAAUUUGGGGUGGUUCGAAAACCAUUUCGUUAAGGUGAAUCCUGCCGAGUUUAAUAUUUGAAUUACCUCACUUCUCAAAAGAUCUAGAGACUCAAAAUUUUCGGACCCUGUUAAUAAAUCAUCAACAUAAAAUAUCUUUUGAUGGCCAAUAAACCGAGUGGAUUUUUCAUUGUAUUGCCUAGGGAUGGCAAGAUUGGUUACAGAAUCGAUUCUCGAUUCUGACUAUUUUUUUAUAUUUUUCGAUUCUAAGAAUCGAUUAUCCGGGGGCAAAAAUCGAUUCUUUCGAUUCUAAUCGAUUUUAAAUUAAAAGGACAAAAAUUUAUUUAUUAAAUCACAAGGCAUAAAUUAAAUGAAUAAUUCAAAUCGAUUAAAUAAAACACAAAAAUAGUUAAAAGCAAUUAUACUAUUAUAUAUAAAUAAGGUACCAAGAACAUUACAUUUCAUUUAAUUUUUUUUAAAUAAUUCAAGUUGUUUAAAGAAGUUUAAUAAAAUAAGUUUUUAAAUAAAUUUAAAAUAAGUAAAAGAACAAUAAGCUAAUUGUCAGUUUCGGAAAACCAUACAUUUUCCGGGACAGAUCUUAAAAGCAGAAGCAUAUUUAAGUGAUCUGGCGUUAACCGGCUGUGAAUUUGAUUCGCAGUUAGCCCAGUAUGUGAAAAUAAAUAAUGAGUAGUUAUACCAAGGUAACUGCACAUUGUGUGCUGAUGAGUCCAAAUGUCUGUGGUAAGGCAUAUAGAAUCUGCCUUUUUCAAUUCUUCUUUAACUUUCAAUUUUAAUUCUUCAUAUUUUGCUUUCAUUCGUUUUGUGAUAGUAAUCUCACAUGGAGGUUGAUAAAGAGGCUGCAAUUUUUUUACAAACAUUCUAAAGCCUUUUUUUCAGGCGUGCAUAAAGGAAGAUUAUCGACAGCAAUCAUGUACAUGAGAGACGUUGUUGCAUCCUUAUUACGAUGACCACCCGCUGCAAAAAUAUAGAUAAAUGUUAACAUAUAUAAAAUUUCGUUCGAUUAAACUUUACCUGAGAAGGAACUUGCAUUAUUUAUACAGCGAUCAAUAGGUCCUUGGAAAGUUGGUCUCUCUUUUUCACUCAAUGUGCGAUUUUGAUUAGGAUUAGAAGCAGUUAAGGAAAGUUUAUGUGAUUUUUCGAGAUGUUUGAUUAAGCUAGACGUACUAUUAUUAUAUUUUAGUUGCUUUCCACAUUGGUGACACUGGACAUUCGACCCGUUGUUUAUUUUUUUAAAGUAAAUCCACACAGCGCUAGGCGCCAUUUUAAGAAAUUUAUCGUCAAGAAUUAAGAAUCGCGAGUUUUCUUGUGCUCGUAUGUAGUAUGUAUAGGUCCGUAUCCAACUCUCAAGUAAUUGCUCAAGAAAAAAAAAUACAUUAUUUCUUAAAGUAAUUUUGACAGCUGGUUACGCAUUGUGAAUGAUCCACAUUAAAAGAGCAAGGGAGAAUAAACAAAGAAAAUAAACUUUGUUCGUAAUAUGUAUGUAUGUAUGUACACUCUUCUUCUUCUUAAAC